CGCCCCGUGACGUCAUCAACCCGCGCGAGGCAGGAUGGCGAAGGCCGCGGCGGGCAGCGGCCUUCUGCUGCUCCGCGAGCAAUGCCGGCGCUGCGCCCGCAGGGAAGGUGCAAAAGGAAGAUGGGACUUGCAAUCCAUAUACUCCCCUUACAGAUUUUGUAGUACCAGAAUAACGUUGGAUGAUAUCAACAAGCCAGUUAUUGACCGAAUAAUCAGAGUGGAUCAUGCAGGUGAAUAUGGGGCAAAUCGCAUUUAUGCAGGUCAAAUGGCUGUAUUAAGCAGAACUUCAGUAGGACCAGUUAUUCGUCAAAUGUGGGAUCAGGAAAAGGACCAUUUGAAAAAAAUGAAGGAGUUGGUGGUUUUGUACAGAGUCCGCCCAACCAUUUUGUUGCCUCUGUGGAACAUUGCGGGGUUUAUGUUAGGGGCUGGCACAGCUUUACUUGGGAAGCAAGCUGCCAUGGCCUGCACAGUAGCUGUAGAAGAAAGCAUCUCCGACCAUUAUAACAACCAGAUCAGGACCCUCCUAGAAGAAGACCCAGAGAAGUACAAGGAGUUAUUAGAGAUCAUAAAGAAAUUUCGGGAUGAAGAGAUGCAGCAUCAUGACACUGGGCUUGACUAUGGUGCUGAACUGACUCCUGGGUAUUUGGUUUUGAAGAACGCUAUACAGAUUGGAUGUAAAGCAGCAAUAUUUUUAUCGGAGAGAAUAUAACCUAUGUUUGGCAAUGGUAAAUUAAUUGUGAAUUAAUUGAUUAUUACUGCUGUGUUCAAAUAGUGCAAAAUUAAACUUCUACACUGAAAAGCC